ACUGCAACACAUCAUAGAAGACGAAGAAAAAGAAGAACCCAGUCCUAUCAGAAUGAAAACAAAGUAACGAAAUCGUAUUUUAUGCUUAUUUGAUUCUGUAAAAUGAGUUUUAAAAGCCAACAAUGGCGUCUAGAGCACUGAAGCGAGCCGGCGUGUCUCCUGAGUUAUGUCAGCGGCUUAAACGGAGUAAAAUAGAAAGUUGUAAGGACCUGCUGUCUAGGACUCCCUUUGAGGUGAUGCACGCUGCAGGCAUAAGUUACCAGGAGGCUUUGGAGAUGUUGGAAUCUGUGAGCAGAGUCAUCGCUCCGUCGGCCAUUACGGCGUUGGAGUUGUGGAAGCGACAGUCAGACUGUUGUUUGUCCACGUCCCUGCCAGCUUUGGACAAAGUGCUGAGGGGAGGUUUACCCUGUGGGAGCAUCACUGAGGUGGCGGGACCGUCAGGCUGUGGGAAGACUCAGUUGUGUUUCAUGCUGAGUGUUGUGGCCACGCUGCCAAAGGAGCUGGGUGGUCUGGACCGCAGCGUGAUCUACAUUGACACGGAGUCAGCGUUCUCUGCUGACAGGCUGGUGGAGAUCGCACAGAGCAGGUUCCCAGACGUCUUCUGCGCCAAGGAGCAAGUCUUACAGAUGGCAGGGAGGGUUCAUGUCUUCAGGGAGCUCACCUGCCAGGACGUCCUCAACAGACUGGAGAGACUGGAGGAGCUCAUCAUCUCCAGCGAAGCAGGUCUGAUCAUACUGGACUCAGUGGCUUCAGUGGUUAGAAAGGAGUUUGACACAACAUUGCCUGGCAACCUGAUACACCGCAGCAACCUGCUGGGACAGGAAGCCACCGCCCUCAAAUAUCUGGCUCAUCAAUUUAACAUCCCUGUGGUCCUGACCAACCAGAUCACCACUCAUACGGGGCAUCAAGGGGCUGCUGGGGAGGAUUGUGGCGGGUUUGUGACGGCAGCUUUAGGAAACACUUGGAGUCACAGCGUCAACACCCGUUUUAUUGUACAGUACAUAGAUUCACGCCACAGACAGCUGUUGGUUGCCAAGUCACCCGUGGCUCCCUUUGCUGUGCUCAACUACGUCAUCGACAAGGAGGGACUUUGUAUGCACGACAAUGACGGUGAAGAGGUCUUGUACCAGGGAACGGAUCCCAGCCUCCAGACUAUUAGGGUGAGAACCGGACUCGAAAUGGAUACAAAGUGACUCCAUUCUUUCAAAGCACGAGUGCGGUGGCAGUUCCUGGAGGCUGUUUGGUUGACUUGGUUAAUUCAGUGUCAAAAAAAUCAAUUUUUUAAACUUUUGUCAAUAUAAUAUACAACGUUUCAAUGCUGUUCAGGUAUUUUUUAACGUUUGAGAAUGUUUCUCUGAUGUGGUAAAGCAUAACUCGUACACACUGUUACGAUAUUAUUGUUUAUUGUACUGUUGUUUGCAAAUUUGAAAUGUGUUUAAUAAAUAUUUAAA